CAUUAGAAUGGAGCUCUCACUCGCUCCUUCCCCCUCCUCCUCCUCUCCGCUUCGGAUUCGAGUCUCUCAUUGCACCACCACCAAACCCUCUUCUUUCCCUUCUUCAAUUGUCACUACUACUUCCAAAUCCCACUCCCUUUCUUCUCUCUCACAAUGCACUCACAACUCCAACUCAUUUCGCCUCUACACAUGCUCUACAUCAUCCCUCAACUUCCACAGGAGGCCAAAUUCCAUCUGGGCCUGCAGUCAAGCUGAAGCUGCUGGGUCUGAUCCGGUGCUUGCCAAAGUUUCGGGUUUUAAAGAUGCUUGUUGGAGAUUCCUGAGGCCCCAUACCAUACGAGGAACAGCUCUUGGGUCAACUGCUUUGGUGACAAGGGCGUUGAUUGAGAACUCCCAUUUGAUAAAGUGGACUUUGCUGUUUAAGGCAUUCUCUGGUCUUUUUGCUCUACUAUGUGGGAAUGGCUAUAUUGUUGGCAUCAAUCAGAUAUAUGAUAUCAAAAUUGACAAGGUAAACAAACCUUAUUUACCCAUAGCAGCAGGAGAUCUCUCUGUAAAAUCAGCAUGGCUCUUGGUUAUAUUCUUUGCAGUUGCUGGCCUGUUGAUUGUUGGAUUCAACUUUGGGCCAUUCAUUACUUCUCUUUACAGUCUUGGUCUUUUCCUUGGCACCAUCUAUUCUGUUCCUCCAUUUAGAAUGAAGAGAUUUCCUGUUGCGGCAUUCCUUAUAAUUGCCACGGUAAGGGGUUUCCUUCUUAAUUUUGGUGUAUAUUAUGCCACUAGAGCUGCCCUCGGACUUCAAUUUGAGUGGAGCUCCCCUGUCGCUUUUAUCACUACCUUCGUAACAUUGUUUGCUCUGGUGAUUGCCAUAACGAAAGAUCUUCCAGAUGUAGAGGGGGACCGCAAGUUUCAGAUAUCAACCUUUGCAACAAAACUUGGAGUUAGAAAAAUUGCCUUCCUUGGUUCUGGGCUACUGCUGGUAAAUUAUGUCGGUUCUAUAUUGGCAGCAAGUUUCAUGCCAGAGGCAUUCAGGCGCAGCUUAAUGAUACCUACCCAUACAAUAUUGGCAUUGAGUUUGAUUUUUCAGACCUGGGUGCUCGAGCAAGCAAGUUACACUAAGGAAGCCAUUGCCAACUACUAUAGGUUCAUAUGGAAUCUCUUUUAUGCAGAGUAUAUCAUUUUUCCUUUCAUCUAGAACUUUAGUUUGUAUUUUCUGAAUCUUAUGAGAAAUGGAGCGAGAUGGAGGAGAGAGAGAUAGAGUUGUAUAGAGAUAGGGAGCAAGAAAGAAAUUCUAUCUUGUCAACAAAGUGUAAAUAUUGCCAUGAAACUGUUGGAUGUGACAUCCAAUAUGUAAUAAUUCUUGUAUGAAAUUCUCAUCCGAGGUAAGCUUAUAUUGUUUUGAAUUGGA